CACCAGUCCCUCCCUUUAUUUGUGGACUGCUUAUUCUGCCCCAUUUAGAGUGGUUCCUCAUAGGGAAGUGUCCCUAAGGAGUCAUCACAGUAUUGGACAUUAAAUGUGGCCCCCUACUCUUCUCAGACACUAAAAAUGAAAUUUCUGCAAAGGAUUGUUUUUGUUCUAUCAUGGACUUACUGUGCUGCACAAGGAAAUUGUAAGAAACUUUAUAUUAAUAACGGGCAUUUUUCUGAAACAAAUGAGUCAUAUAAUGUAAAUGAAAUUGCACAAUAUCGAUGUAUAGAAGGAUAUACGACACCAGAAGGAACAGAAUCAGGAGAGUUGAAAUGCUUGCAAAAGGGAUGGUCGGUUCAACCAAUCUGUAUUAAAACCUGUAAAAGACCAGAAUUCAGGAAUGCCAGAUAUGAGGGAAACGAAAUACUAUUUCAACUUAACAGCGAACUAGAAUACGACUGCCUUGAUGGAUACAUUCGCAGAGAAGGAAGGAGCACAACAGAUUCCAUAGUGUGUGGUGAGGAUGGUUGGUCCCAUAUACCUGAAUGCCAUGAAAUAGAAUGUGAUAUUCCAGAUCUAACACCAAAUAUAAGAGCAAUUAAUGGGAAGGAUAAAUACAAAGUUGGAGAUGUUUUGUCGUUUAUCUGUCAGAACAGACAGAAAAGAGUCGGACCUGACUCCAUUCAAUGCUACCACUUUGGAUGGUCCCCUGACCCUCCAACUUGUCAAGAGGUGGUAAAACCCUGUGGACCUCUACCCACUCUUGCCAAUGGAAAAUCUAAUAAAAAAACUGAGAAGAGGGCAUAUCGUCAUGGAGAAGUUGUGGAAUAUAAAUGUGAUGCAAAAUUUAUAAUGGAAGGAUCUAAGAGAAUUGAAUGCCGUGAUGGAAAAUGGACACCUUUGCCUGCUUGUAAAGAGGUUGAAAAAACAUGUGGCAACCCUCCUGAACUCAACCACGGUGAUCUCAAAUCUAACCAUCCUCCACCAUAUCAUCAUGGGGAUUCGGUAGAAUACAGUUGCCAAGAAGCAUUUACAGUGAUUGGAAAGAAGAAAGUAACGUGUAUUCAAGGAACUUGGACAGCUCUUCCUCAAUGCAUCGAAAUAAGUCAACUUAAGAAAUGUACGGUGCCGCCAGAUCCUUCAAAUGGGAAAAUUACUUCAACGAAGAGUGACUAUCCACACAACAGUUUCUUAUUUUUCAUUUGCAAUGCAAAUUUUGAAGCAGAAGAAUCUACAAGAAUACCAUGCAUAAAUGGAAAAUGGCAACAACUUCCCACAUGCUUGAGUAAAGGGAGAAGAAAACUGUGCCCCCCUCCACCUCAAAUACCUCACGCCCAGAUGAUAUCAACGACUGUGAGCUAUGUGAGUGGGGAAACUCUAUCUGUUCGGUGUGAGGAUGGCUACCUGCUCCAAGGACCAGAAGAAAUCAAAUGUGAAAACGGAGUGUGGAAAUUUGUCCCACAUUGCGUUAAAGCCGGUGGAAAAUGUGGGCCGCCUCCAGCUAUUGAUAAUGGAGACAUCAUCUCUUUCCCAUUACUUGAAUACCCUCCUGGAGCUAAAGUUGAAUACAAAUGCCAGAACCUUUAUAAACUGGAGGGUUCCAAGCAGGUGGCAUGCAGAAACGGGAAGUGGUCGAAACCUCCAUCAUGUUUAGAGGCGUGUACAGCAUCUCCGGAAGAUAUGGUGAGAAACAAUAUUGAGCUUAAAUGGAGUGACUCUAAAAAACUAUACACUGAAACUGGCGAGGUCAUUGAAUUUACUUGCAAAUUGGGAUUUAUGAAAGCUCCAGGAUCACCUUCUUUUCAAGCACAAUGUUUGCAAGGAAGAAUAAUCUAUCCCAAGUGCAUUGAAGGACUUCCAUGUGGUAAACCACUUCUGAUGCUCAAUGGUUUCACUUCUGAUGAGACUAAGGAGAUUUAUCAGACUGGAGAAGAAGUUACCUAUCAGUGUUUAGAAGGUUUUGAAAUUAGUGGCUCCCCAAACGUCAAAUGUGAAGGAGGAGAAUGGUCCAUAGCACCAAAAUGCACAGAAGCGGUUGGAAAAUGCGGACCACCUCCUCCUAUUGAUAAUGGAGAUAUCACUUCUUUCCUAUUUGCUGAAUACCUUUCUGGAUCCCAAGUGGAAUACAGGUGCCGGAACCUUUAUACACUCGAGGGUUUCCAACGGGUGAUAUGUAUAAAUGGGAAGUGGUCAAAUCCACCAUCGUGCUUAGAUCAUUCCUGUGGCUCUCCACCUUCUGUUAAAAAUGCUUUCAUUUUUCGCAAUGAAAAGAUAAAGUACCAACCUGGUGAGAGAGUACGCUACAAAUGUAUAGGUGGUCUAAGCAUGUUUGGAGAUGCGGACAUAUUAUGCAAAAAUAGGACCUGGACAAAUGCUCCAGAGUGCAAAGAGGCAUUUGGAAAAUGUGGACCACCACCACCUAUUGACAACGGGGACAUCACCUCUUUCCUGUUUGCCGAAUACCCUUCGGGAGCCCAAGUGGAAUACGAGUGUCAGGACCUUUAUAAACUGGAGGGUUCCAAAGAUGUGAGGUGUGAAAAUGGGAAGUGGUCAAAUCCACCGUUGUGCUUAGAGGCAUUUGGAAAAUGUGGACCACCACCGCCUAUUGACAACGGGGACAUCACCUCUUUCCUGUUUGCCGAAUACCCUACGGGAGCCCAAGUGGAAUACGAGUGUCAGGACCUUUAUAAACUGGAGGGUUCCAAAGAUGUGAGGUGUGAAAAUGGGAAGUGGUCAAAUCCACCGUUGUGCUUAGAUGCAUGUACAGCAUCUUCAGAAGCUAUGUUGAGAAACAAUAUAAAGUUGAAAUGGAAAAACAGGAAAAUAUUCUCUGAAACUGGAGAUCUCAUUGAAUUCACAUGCAAAAUGGGAUUUAUGAAAGCUCCAGGAUCACCUCCUUUUAGGGUACAGUGUUUACAAGGAAAAUUAACCUAUCCCGAGUGUGUUAAACGUUAAUCCCUGGAAAGAAACGAGGACUAAAAGCCCAGCAUCAAACUUCGUGGAUUUGUUACCAACAUUUGAAGAUAACUCUGAAAAUACAGUAUGUUGUAGCAUUUUCGGCUAGCUGAGAUUUGAGUAUCCAUUUCUUUAGUCAUACUUUUUCUUUUAUUUGCCAUAAAUGUGCCAAUAUAACAUUCUGCAUAUAAUAGACAUCAAUCAUGUUCACAGUGAUAUUGAUACUGCUUAAGCUAAGGUACAUAAAAUUAAUACGGACUAUUUACCAAUGAAUUUAGAUUCACUAAAACCAGAAUUGAUACUUUUACCCUUUACCUGAACCUCAUAAUGAAUUCCUGUUCAGGCUUUACUCUGGCAUCAUGGUAGAUAUGACCUGUGGAACCAGGGGUUAUUAAUAAAUCAAACUUCUCAA